CCUCGUCCAUUUGGUGGCUCGCUGUGGGGGAGGGAGAGACGUAGCAACUAGCCCGUGACUGUGUGUGUGUUUGUGUGACAGUAGCGGACGUCAUCAUGAUAUCCAUCAACUGAGUCAAAAAAUAUUUUCUUGUUCACCGUCCUGUGCCCAGUGUCUGUACAGUGAGGUUUUAUAGUAAGAUCAAACAGGCACCAUGGUUGGAUAUGGAGCUAGCGGCUCUCCUCACUGGGGAUUGCGUUUGUUAGGUCUGAGUGUUUUCGUGAUUUGCCUCUGCAGUCCUGUUUCUGCUACUGAAGGUAACGAAACUGAAGGUAACGCAACGGACAGCUUCUUUGCAACAUGCAAAGAGGGUCUCAUUCUCCCAGUAUGGUCGCCCCAGGAGGAUCUAACAAGUGGCGACCGCGUGGCUCGUGCCAUCGUCUAUUUUGUGCUGAUGAUAUGGUUCUUUAUUGGAGUGUCUAUCGUCUCCGAUCGUUUCAUGGGUUCCAUUGAAAAGAUCACUUCACAGGAGAAGGAAGUUUCAGUGAAAAGACCCAACGGUGACACGCAGAUCAUAGUAGUACAAGUAUGGAACGAGACCGUAGCCAACCUGACGCUCAUGGCGCUGGGUUCCUCUGCUCCUGAGAUCCUGUUGUCCGUUGUUGAGAUGUUCGCCACGAACUUCGAAGCUGGAGACCUCGGUCCAGGAACCAUUGUCGGUUCCGCAGCAUUCAACCUAUUUGUCAUCAUUGGUAUUUGUGUUUAUGUAAUUCCUGAUGGCGAGGCGCGAUACAUCAAACAUCUCCGAGUGUUCUUCGUUACAGCCUUCUUCUCUGUGUUCGCCUAUAUUUGGCUGUACCUCAUCCUGGCUGAAAUCUCAUACGGCAUUGUGGAGUUCUGGGAAGCGUUCCUGACCUUCCUCUUCUUCCCUAUUACCGUUCUUCUUGCUUACAUUGCUGAUCGUCGUCUUCUCUUCUACAAAUAUAUGACAAAGGAAUACCGUAUGGGUAAACGUGGCGUCAUUAUUGAAGUUGAAGGAGCUGAUACAGAGUUGGGGAAGAAGGAUGAAGGAGGACCUUUGUAUGACGAAAAUGUCGACGAGUCAGUUCGGGAGUUUGAGGAACAUCGUAAGGAAUACAUGUCUGUCAUUAGAGAACUCCGUCAAAAGCAUCCCGAAAUCCCAAUGGAAAAACUUGAAUCAAUUGCUCGCGAGGAAAUUAUUAACCGAGGUCCCAAGUCUCGUGCCUUCUACCGUAUCCAGGCCACCAGGAAGCUGACAGGUGGUGGUAACAUCAUGAAGAAAGCAAGAGAGGAAGUCAAAGUGGAAAAGGAUGAGGAAGGACUUGAGACGAAAGACGAAAACAUCAUCCGUAUUUUCUUCGAUCCUGGCCACUACACAGUUAUGGAGAACGUGGGUUCCUUUGACGUGACAGUUGCCCGCGAGGGAGGAGACCUCAACACCACUGUCCUCGUUGACUACAAAACUGAAGACGGCACUGCAAAUGCUGGUGGGGAUUACGUGGGUGCUGAAGGCACCCUGGUCUUCCUGCCCGGCGAAACCCAGAAGACGUUCAAGCUGGAAGUCAUUGACGACGAAGUUUUCGAGGAAGAUGAGCAUUUUUACGUCCGACUCUCCAACAUGCGUCUGGGCUCUCAAGACGGGACUGCAGUGACCCACACCGUUAAUGGUGAGGCUGGCCAGCCCCAGGAGCCCAUCAAGAUGGAACUAGCAGCUCCAUACGUUGCCACUGUUAUGAUCCUCGACGAUGAUCACGGUGGUAUCUUUAACGUUGGCGAGAAGGACGUAGAAAUUGUGGAGACCAUUGGUAAAUACGAGUUGAAGAUCGUCCGUUGGUCUGGUGCACGUGGCCGCGUCACUGUGCCCUACAAGACGGAGGACGGCACUGCCAAAGCCGGCAAGGACUACGAAACUGCUGAAGGCGAACUGGUCUUCGAGAACAACGAAACUGAGAAAACCAUAUCGAUCCAGAUCAUCGAGGAGGACAGCUACGAGAAGGACGUGCUCUUCUACCUGGACAUCGGCGAGCCUGUAGCUACUGGAGACGACGAACUAGGCUUCGAGUUCGCCAGCAAGGACUCUGCACUGACUGAAGAAGAGAAAAUCGCUCUCCUUGGCAAGCCUAAGCUCGGCAACUCCACUCGAACCCAAAUUAGGGUCAAGGAAAACAAGGAGUACCGGAACAUGGUGGACAAGCUGGUGAAGAAGGCUAACGCCUCCAUGCUCGUUGGCUCCUCCUCCUGGAAAGAGCAGUUUACCGAGGCAAUCACCGUACAAGCUGGCGAAGAAGGAGAUGACGACGAGGAUGAAGAAGGAGGUGAGGAGAAACUGCCCUCCUGCAUGGAUUACGUGAUGCACUUCAUCACCGUCUUUUGGAAGGUGCUCUUCGCCUUUGUGCCGCCCACUGAAUACGGCAAGGGGUAUCCCACCUUUUUUAUCUCAAUUUUUGGAGUUGGUCUUCUCACUGCCUUUAUUGGUGACAUUGCCUCACAUUUUGGCUGUACUAUUGGUCUGAAGGACUCAGUCACUGCCAUUGCUUUCGUGGCUCUUGGCACCAGUGUACCAGACACCUUCGCCUCUAAGGUGGCGGCCCAGCAGGAUCCUUAUGCUGACGCCUCUGUUGGUAACGUCACUGGCUCCAACGCUGUCAACGUCUUCCUGGGUAUUGGUAUUGCGUGGACAAUGGCAGCUAUCUAUCACAACGUUAAGGGCAGGGAAUUCGUAGUUCUACCCGGCAACUUGGCUUUCUCCGUGACGUUGUUCUGUGUGGAGGCGCUGGUAGCUAUCGCCCUCAUGAUGGCCAGACGGCACCCAAGUAUUGGCGGCGAGCUGGGCGGUCCCAGGAGGUCGAAGAUUGCAACAUCGUGCUUCUUGAUCUUCCUAUGGAUCUUCUACGUUCUCAUCUCGACUCUUGAAGCCUACAAAAUCAUCCCCUCUUUGUCUGAUUAAAUGACCAGCUGCGACUCAAGGUUCGCGGUUUGUGCCGCGGAAAUGAAGCGGUCUGCAAGCGGUCUUUGGUUUUACGUCGCGGUGUCGUGACGGGCCGGAACCAAGAGCUUGAACCCUAUUUUGUUAGUGAGGCCGGCAUUGGGCUGUAAUGGAGAGCCUGGCCACUCACCGCCAGGCGGCCCGGACACCACGACCGCGCGAGGGACUCUGACUGGCGUCGUCUACCAACAUCAAUCACCUCCACCGCUGCUGCCACCAAAAUCACUCCCGGUCACCAUCGCCCAGCAGCCGUCACCAUCGCCCAGCAGCCGUCACCAUCGCCCAGCAGCCGUCACCAUCGUCCAGCAGCCGUCACCAUCGCCCAGCAGCCGUCACCAUCGCCCAGCAGCCGUCACCAUCGCCCAGCAGCCGUCACCUACACGGCGAAGACAAGGAGGGCCGGCCGUCCCACGCCCCCCUAACAUCAGGACGCCUGGCCUCCAGUCAUUGUGACACACGAGCAUUCCUCACAUAGACCUCUGGUUUCAUCUUUGCACAAACUACAAUUUUGGCAUGGUGGUGCUCGUGUUACUGCGAUGUUUGACCACAUUUUGUGUAGCCUGUAAGGUGAUGACUCUAGUCAGAACUGGCGAUGGGUUACAGGUGUAGGACACAUCUGGAGAUGCCAGGUAUGUUGCCUUCGUCAGCUAGAGACUCGCCUGGCUACUUGUCCACACUUCUCGCAGGCUAGUAUGUUACUCCACUUCUUCCGCAACGCAGCCUGUUGCUACAAUUUUUGGCAGUCAUUCAACAAAGUCCACCCUCAUUCCUUGUAUGUUUACUUUUAAGCGUUUUUGUUUCUACAGCACAUGGAUUUUGUUUUCGUGAUUGUACUGCGUGCCAUCAUCACCUCCUCAUCCUUGUCAGAGUAAGGCAUGUGCCGGCGUUGUAAUAUGUGGCACUGGGGUAGUUUUGUCUGCCAUCGAUAUUACUACACACACACACACACACACACACACACACACACACACACACACACACACACACACACACACACACACACACACAGACACAUACACACACACACACACACACAUACACACACACACACACACACACACACACAUUGUUCCAUCACCUCUUCCCCAGCCUCUGGCUGUGUUGUGUCCCACCACCAACCUUUAUCACACUGGUGCCAUCACCACCACCACCACCACUACCACCACUACCACCACCUUAUCGCUGCCACUAUGGUUGUGAUGUGUGCCAACCACCACCACCCACCUCAUCCCUACCACCGUGGUUAUGGUGUGAAUCACUUCCAUCUCAUUCCUACCACAAUGGAUCCUUAGUCAGUUUCUAGUCAAGAAUAUAUGGAGUACAAUAAGGCUAGUCAAUGGUUUGCCUAAUUGAUGUAGAAUCAAAAGUCGGAAUAGCUAAACCAUUCAGAUGAGUGCCUUCAGUGUCGACAUAUUUAUAGAGAAUUUGUCAUGUAUAGUCAUGCUUUUGUCCCUCUACUUCAUUUAUUAAUUGGUUUGGAUGCCAAGACUUCAAGAUAUCCUAGCUAGAAUCUAUUGUCACUUUAUUUAUUUUUAUUUAUUUUAAGGAAAACACUGAUGAUGUUUCUCAUGAGGAGUUGUUCCCGCCGUUCAUCAAUCAUCACAUUUGUUAUGCAUCAUCAAUCAUCAUCAACCCGUGAGAGGCAUGUUUUUCUCCUUCAUCAAUCUCUGUACCAUGUAAGAGAUGAACUUAUAGUUCGUUGGGAGUGUUGACGUUUUUUUCGUUCAAUAGACAUAUUUUAUAAAUGUUACAUUAUUGUUAAGGGUUACAGUGAAAACAUCAAAAUCAUGGGUAUACAACUUUGAAACUAAUUUUUUUUGUGUGUGACUUAGUUUUUUUAUUUGAAAGAGUCUUGAAGGACGUGUACAUACUCGAAAAUUUGCACUGUACAUAGGUAGAAGUACGAAUCCUUGGUGAUCAGCCGUAGUCAGUUUUAUACGCGAUAGCCGGGGCUCUUUCAGAUGUUUGACAGCGUUGAUGAAACACACAUAUAUACACACACAGGCAACCAUGUACAGACGAGAGGAACUGCUGAGGGGGACGAGCUUAGGGCCAAGACUCGCUCGACCUAGCUUAAUUACUCAGCGGAUACAUUAAUCUCUCUCUCUAAGAUUUUGAUGCCAUUAGCGGACUCUGAAGCGACUUAGCCACAUAAACUCAGGAUCUAGCAUAUUUAUCAAUAUUUUUUUAUUAUUUUUAUUUUUUCAGUACAUUUCUAAACACCUCUAUUACAAAUGUAAGCGCGAUUCAAUAUUUAAAAUCUGUACUAUGUAGUCUGCCAGAUGUAAUUCAAAGCAGAAAUGUUUUUUUUUUUUAUGUGACGACUGGAGAUUGAUUUUGAAGUUUAAAUUAUUAUUUCUCCAGAUAAUCUAUAGUAUUUAUAUCAUAUAGGAAGAUAUACUUUGGAAGAAAUCUUUGAAGAUGCUGAUUAAAACAAGAUCAAACUCCACAUUUUCUAAAUGAAUUGAAUUUAUUAUCUUUAUUCAGAAAUGUACAAGUCUUUACAUUUAUACAAAUUCAGAAAUUUUAUUCAGAAAUGGUUGCGUAUUUAUAAUUGACUUCGUUUACACAAAAAUUCAGGUACAUAAUUUAUGUAAAAGAAAAAGGUAAUAUUAAUAGCUUAACAAUGAUCAUUAUAAACCAUAUAAUGACUUUUUUCAGCAUUUUUGGCUGCUAACUACUUAAGUGGGAUCUUACAUACAGACGCUUCUCAAUUAUCGGCAACUAUUAGAGUCCCUUACAUUUUGUUCUCUCUUAGAAAUGCCACCAGCCUUAAGAGGAAGGGGGGAAAAAUUAUAGUACUGAGUAGCAAUAAUAUCCAUUAUCAUCGAGGGAAUUUUUGUAAAUACAGAUUAUAGCCAUCGGAAGUCUAGUUAACUAGACAUUUCAGAGGAUGGGACAGUUACAGGGAAACUUUAUCUGAAAUGCUGGUAAGUUACAUCCCGUGUCUUCUGUAGGUUUUUCACACGGGUUCCUCUCUCUCUCUCAUACCAAGAUAUUGUAUCCUCAUUUUUUUGUUGGAACUUCUGGAAACAAAAAAAGUGUCUCGUCUAUGUAUUCUCCUUGCGUUUUCUUAAAGUUAGAAAUAAAAGGGUAUAAUAAA